GAUUUUAUUCCGAAACCCACAUCCCCACUUGCUAUCUGAACAGUGUUUGUGGCUUUCCGAAGCGAACUCGGAAAAUUCUGAUUAUGAAUUCAGUGCGGUUUCCAGGGCUUUGCACACGAACAAGUUUGUUUUGGAAUUUAUUUAGAAAGUUGACUUGGGACUCCACAUUUCCAGUUCCAAAGUUGCUUCAGCCAUGUGAAGGCCACAACAAGUUAAAGAGAGUUAUAAAAAUAUAGAAAUAUUAUAACCAAAAGGAUAUCAAAGCACUGCUUUUUUAGAUAAAAGGAUAGAUUCUUCUGAACUUCAAAAAUGCUGAACCGUUUGUUAAAAAAAAUUAAAAGUUCCAGAGGAUUAAAGUCGCAAGCUCUUAAGGAUGGAAAAAAGCUGAGCAAGGGCAAUUGCAAAUGCGAGCCAUCAGCCUGCAAAUGUGGAAAACGGCGACAGCGACAGCAACAAUUGAAAAUGUUUGUGUCGCAACUUAGGAGACGCGAUAACGUAUCAAGUGUAAUAUUGUUUUAGUACCAGAGUACGCCUCAGAAAACACAAAUAAAACAUUAUCUACAAAGUA